GAUGACGUCAUAACUAGAAGUUAAGUGACUGUGAUGCCAUAACCAAAACUUGGGUGUUGAUGACGUCACAGUUAACGUACGUGCAAUUACGUCACAUUCUAAACUCACGUUUCCUGACGUCACAUCCUACGCCUUUCGACGUCACAUCCUAAACUCACGUUCCUUGACGUCACAACCGGAACUCACGUGCCACACAUUCAUUCCCUUCCCACUCGAUGGCUGACGCUGCGUCUCAAGUGAAACGUUGGAUAAGCGACAACCUGCAGAACCUCAUCGACGCCAUCACGUCCGUUCACAGUAUUCUCCAAUUUUUGUGCUCCAAAAAUGUCAUCACGAACACAGAUUGUGAUGAGAUUCUCGCAGAGCGGACGGAAAGGCAGCGCGUAGAGUUGUGCAUAUUCAAGGUGUUGAAGAAUGACGAGAAGUCGUCGUAUCGCAAUUUGUGGGCUGCAAUCAGUUUGCCCUUUCCGCGUCUGUAUGCGAAGGUUUAUCACGAUCUGGAGAGGAAGUUUGGUGUGGACGUGUUGCAAGGGCUUGCUGCACCACAAUAUGAUCAUAACAUGAUGGAAUUGAGGACACACCAAGCAUCCAGAUCAGUCAAAGUUUCAUCUUCUAAUGUAUCGACUACCAGCAGCAGUUCGAGCAUUCAGGUCUUGAAAGUGAGACUCGAGUAUCAGCAAGAGCUCGACUUGGUACAAGCACAGUUGGAGACAUUACAGGUUGAAAUCAAUAAGUUGGAAAGAGCUCUGGAUGAGGAGAAGAACGACAAGGAGCUGAUCGGUCAAGACAUGAGGAGAUUGGAGCAUCAAUAUCGAACGGCUAAGAGGGAGAGAGAAGAGGCGAUCGUCGAGCUCGAUCAACGAGUAAAGGAAAGAUACGACAUGCAGCAGCAACUGGAGGAAACGUUGAGAGACUUGGACGAGGUGACGGCAAAGAAUGACGGACUCAACAUGCAACUCCAACAAUUCGGCGUCGUAAUGAAGGAUCGUGAUGAAGCAUUAGUGGAGCUGGAAAAAAUCAAGAAACAGAGAGACCAAGCAAUUAGUGAUCGAAAGAAUCUAGCAGAGAGAAAGGCGAAGGUCGAAUCCGAGCUGGAGUCAACGUUACUGAGAUACGAGGAGGCGAUUAAGGAGUCGGAAGGGAAAGGCGAGGAGCAGAAGACGUUGACGAGAGAGUUGACGAGAAUGCAGAUGCAGAAGAUGGAGCUGCAGCUGGAGAAUUCGAAGUUAAGGAAAGACGUACGAGAGGCGGUCGACGUGCAUGCAGCAAGAGAACGGGGAGUGGCGAGUCCGAGAGAUUCGGGUGUCAGUGGUGACAUGAGAGGAUGGGAUGCAGUCAAACUGAAGAUUACUCUUUCCAUGUCACAAGAAGUUGGUCAAGACAAGAGGCAUGGUGCAAGUGUUGGUGCUGGUAUUGUGUUGGAGAGUGGCUCAUUUGUCAAGGAGUUGGUGCAAGAAGGGAUCGCUGUAAUGGAUGGACAGCUGAUUGUUGGAGAUCGUUUGUUGGAGGUGAAUGGUCUUGAAGUUGAAGGCAGAAGUGUCGACGAUAUCCAUGGAUUGAUUCGAUCAUGCAAAUCAGAUCUUGUCCUCACCAUCGGUCGCAUCGUUCCACGCACCAGACCCAUUCGCACACUUUCCCACAGCAGCCCGAACUCACGACAUCACACAUCAAUACACCAACAUCCCACGUCUCAACGUUAUUCAUCACGUGAGAACAACCGCCUCCGACACGUUCACUCCACAGCUCAACAGGACGUCUUCCAACCGCGAACGUCAACGUUGCCAGUCCGCAGCGGCUACAACCCGUUGAGCCACCACACGUCGGACAACGUUUCUCUUUGCUCGUUCGCCUACAAUCCUGACAAUCGGCCGACAACAUCAUCACAGAGGAACCAGACGAUGCAAACGUACCAUCACUAUCACACCAGCACGCGCAACCCAAACAGGCACGUGUCUGUCAGUGUGGCCGACUUCCACAACGUCUAUGGUCCAACCCAACCAAACACUCCGUAUCAGACAGAGCAGCUGUCUGUAUACAAACAUAUUGGCAUACGAAGACGCAGUCUGUCGACUCCAGAUCCACAAUCUGUGGUUCUAGUCAAACCACACCCUUCGAUUGUGUCAUCCGAAAGUCAAGUUUCCACAGGCACGAUGCUCGCCGGUCGUCUCUUCCCUCGUCGAGGUGCCAUUACUUCACAUGAGGAGUCGCCUAUCGGAAGCGAAGUUGAUGUAGGCAAACAAAAAGAGGCACUAAGUGCUAGCCAAAGUGCACUGUUUCGUAUUGAGAUGAGCGACUCUGAAGACGACGUUGUGGAGAAGACGGACGCACCGGAGAAGCCGGUGAUUCAUGUAGAGAGCUGUAAUACAAGUACGACGUCUCCCAGUGAGCAGACGGCGUCGCUACAGGCCGACGAUGAGUUGACGACGCGUGUCGUUCGUGUGUUUCGUUCUCCGAGUUUGGACACGCUUGAGGCUAGAAACGUGCGACUGUCAUCUUCGGGUUUUCCGGUUGUUGGGUCGUCGUUGACGACGACGGACAUGCGGUUGGCAUUGAGAGGUCCUGAGGUUUUGAUUAGCCCUACAGCAAAGGCUAUGGCGGGCAGCAGAGAUGCCAGAAGAACGAGUACGAAGAUGCCGACGUUUUUGAAAGAUCCAAAAAUGGCUGAUGUGAAGAAGUACGCCGGACGUAAUUGUCGGUUUGUUGAACUGAAAACAUCUUCUGUGUCUUUUGACAUUGGCUUCACAAUCAUUGGAGGGCGAGGCAAUGGUAUUUAUGUAUCAGCAAUACAUGAUGAGAAUCAUCUGGAAUCAGGACUAAGAGUUGGGGAUCGAAUUUUAGAGCUUAAUGGUAUUGACCUGAUACGUUCGACGUACGAAAAAGCAUCUGCAACGUUGUCGUUUGUGUCGUUCGGCGGCGGUGCCGUCAUGUGUGUUGAGUACAACAAGACUGGAUACAACAAACUUAACACAAAGUCUCGAGACGAUUUCUAUGUAAGAGCUUUGUUUGAUUAUCACUCACCAGAGGGAGGAGAGAUGGCGUUCAAGGAGGGGGACGUACUUCAUGUGAAGGAUACGAUGUAUGGAGAUAAUAUUGAUGUGUGGCUGGCGACUCGGCUGCCGAAGGGUCGAUAUGUGGGAGAAACAGGUUGUAUACCAAGUAAGAGCAGAGCUCGUGUUGUUCACAGUCCCCUGGACAGACGAAAUUCCUCAUCAUCAUUCAGUCAUUCAUCAUCCAGGCAUCGUGGCAGCCUCAAGAGUAAGAGCAGCCUGAAAAUCAAACUGAAAAGUUUGAUACGUUUACCAAGCAACGACGACCCAAAAGACUUGCCACUCGACACAUCAAUGUCACGACGACCAUUUGCCAUGUCUCCAUCUCCAGAUCAGACGACGCCCAUCGGAGAGCCGGUUGUCCCAGUCAACAAUGCAAUGGAGUUGUUUGAAGCUGUGAAGGAGAUGCCUACAGAUGAGGUACCGGGUGGAUACGAAUAUGUGGAGAGGGUGUCAUAUGAGGCUCCUCGUCCUGUCUUGAUUGUUGGGCCGUUGGCAAGUGUUAUGGCGAACAGGUUGAUGCAAGAAGAUCCGAUGAAAUAUUCGCUUGCACUGCCAGAAUUUUUUGAGACAUAUAAUGAUGUUCAAAAAGGUCUACAAGAACACCUAAUCAUUCAUUGCUCUCGUCGCAGUGCAUAUGGCAACUACGCAUGCAUCACAACAAACGUCAUAAAGCAAAUUGCAGAACAGAAUCAACAUUGUUUGUUGGAUGUUGGACCAGCGUCUAUUACUCGUCUCAGAGCAGCAAAUCUCAAGCCAAUCAUCAUAUUUUUGACACCAAAAUCAGAGCGAAAAUUGAGGUCAUGUUGUAUGCAGCUGAAUAUUUCAGCCGUUGAGGCUCAUUCUAUGUACACAGAUGCACAACGAAUUGGACACGAAUACCAAUCAAGCAUCUCAGCUGCAGUCAGUCUUGGUAGCAGUGUAGACCGAUGCAUGCUGCGAGUUCGUGACAUCAUCCAGUCACAGCAGAACAAAGUGGAUUGGGUGGUCAUACCAGAAUAGCAAUGGCAAACACUAACACGUACACACAGACACUUGUAGUAAGAGUAAUCCGUCUCUAUUAUCAUUGGCAUGUAGAUAGAUGUUUUGAAUGCAAAGUUUGCUGCUUUGGUUGAAUCAACGUUUUCUCGUAGACUUUGCUUUUAGAGAUUUUUGUAAUUGGAUAUUGCAAUUUUAUUUUCGAUGUUGAAUUGUAGUUGUGUAGAUUGAAACGGCGUGUUGGCUAUUAAGUU